CUGCAAUGAGAAGUGAUUUCUCUCUCUCUGUUUGGGCAGAUCAGUUGGACUGUGGCCCUCAUGUUGCAGGGCACUGCUGAUAUUCCAGCUGCCUGCAUAUCCAGAGAGAAGCAGUAAAAUAAAUCAGAACAUGAGAGGAGAGGCAGAUGGGAUAAAGGACAGACGGGAAGCCACAGAGGGGACUGGGCAGCAGCUAAGACCACUCUGUGGUACAGCACUCUUUAAAAAUGGUAAAUCGUGAGUGCAUCUCUAUUCAUGUUGGACAGGCUGGAGUUCAGAUUGGCAAUGCAUGCUGGGAACUCUUCUGUCUGGAACAUGGCAUUCAGCCAGAUGGCACCUUCAAGAAUCAGCCCAACAAAGUCAACAAUGAUGACUCCUUUAAUACAUUUUUCAGUGAAACAGUCACAGAAAAGCAUGUGCCACGGGCUGUCAUGGUGGACUUGGAACCGACAGUAGUAGAUGAAGUGCGGGCUGGUGCUUACCGUCAGCUUUUCCAUCCAGAACAGCUGAUCACUGGAAAGGAGGAUGCAGCUAAUAACUAUGCCCGUGGUCACUACACCAUUGGUAAAGAAAGUAUUGAUCUGGUGCUUGAUCGUAUCCGUAAGCUGACCGAUGCCUGUUCUGGGCUACAGGGAUUCCUGAUUUUCCACAGUUUUGGGGGGGGCACUGGCUCUGGCUUUACCUCCUUGUUGAUGGAGCGCCUCUCCCUGGAUUACGGCAAGAAGUCCAAACUGGAGUUUGCCAUCUACCCAGCCCCUCAAGUCUCCACUGCCGUAGUGGAGCCGUACAACUCCAUCCUGACCACUCACACCACCCUGGAGCAUUCAGACUGCGCCUUCAUGGUGGACAAUGAGGCCAUCUAUGACAUCUGCCGUCGCAACUUGGACAUUGAACGCCCCACUUACACCAACCUUAAUCGUCUCAUCAGCCAGAUAGUCUCAUCAAUCACUGCCUCUCUGCGCUUUGAUGGUGCCCUCAAUGUGGAUCUGACAGAGUUUCAGACCAACCUGGUGCCCUACCCUCGCAUCCACUUCCCCUUGGUGACAUAUGCACCCAUCAUCUCCUCUGAGAAAGCCUACCAUGAGCAGCUGUCAGUGGCGGAAAUCACCAGUUCCUGCUUUGAACCCAACAACCAGAUGGUGAAGUGUGAUCCCCGUCAUGGAAAAUACAUGGCCUGCUGCAUGUUGUACCGUGGUGACGUGGUCCCCAAAGAUGUCAACGUAGCUAUUGCUGCCAUCAAGACCAAGAGAACGAUCCAGUUUGUGGACUGGUGUCCAACAGGCUUCAAGGUUGGCAUCAAUUACCAGCCUCCUACAGUAGUUCCUGGAGGAGACCUGGCCCAGGUGCAACGUGCCGUCUGCAUGCUAAGCAACACCACAGCCAUUGCUGAGGCCUGGGCGAGACUGGACCACAAGUUUGAUCUGAUGUAUGCCAAGAGGGCGUUUGUGCACUGGUAUGUUGGUGAAGGCAUGGAGGAAGGGGAGUUUGCAGAGGCCCGAGAGGACUUGGCUGCACUGGAAAAAGACUACGAGGAAGUGGGAACUGACUCAUUUGAAGAAGAAAAUGAUGGGGAGGAAUUUUAAAAUACACUUUGUUAUUCAAUAGCACCGGAUUGUCUCUGUCUCUCUUUACUGCAUGUGUCUGCAUUCCUGUCUGGUACCUUCUCCAAGUGUGUAAUAUAUAGAGAAUGAAGAUCAGAAAAGCCCUUGAAACACAGGAAACGUAUCACAUUUCGUAUGACCACCUAAUCCUAAUAAUGCAUGAUCCUCAUUCAAUACAAGCAGUAGAUUCUCUGCCACUUCACCUUGAGAGAAUUUUCUUUUCCAAUCCCAAAUGUAAUUAGCAAUUUGACCUUCUGCAUACAAGCUAAAGUCACAAUAACUGAGCAUCUAAUUCCAGUUUUACAAGUCUUCAUAGAGUCACAAGAAAAAUAGCAUAGACCUCACAUUUGACCUACCUCUACCUUUUGCUCCUGGGGAUAUCAGGGAAUAAUGUAAAUGGAUAACUGAGUCCUCCUUUUCUCUGUGGGACACGCUGUCUCAUCGAUCUCCACCUGAGGGAUCCAAAUGGGACGUGUCUGUUCUUUUGUCCUGUGAAACAUCCAUUUCUGAUAUAUGUGUGGAAUUUCCUUAGAAAUGUUAUAGCAAUAGGAAACUUUGUGCAUAUUUUUUUGUAAAAGUUUGUACUUCCUUGUGAAAGAAGGAAUCAGUUGUUGCUGGUUACAAAAAUCGCUAAUAAAACAGCAGCAGACAAAAAGAGAUUUUUUUUUCUUCAGGUUUACAUGAAAUAAUCUCUGGUCUGUCCAUGGUCCUUGCUCUAUGUGAAGAGCUCCUUCUCUGAGGGUGAUAUCCUUGCUGCAUCCAGAAGGCCUUUGUUCUGUCUGUGGCAUCCUUGAUCUAGUGGAGGACGGUGAUAUCUGAAAGUGGGUUUGCAACAUAGGCAUUAAAUGUACAUCUAAAGAUACUUUACAGUGGUGCAUAAAGAUCACAAUUUAUCUGAUUCACAAUCUGCCAGGCAGUGCCAAUAAUUCCUGUCAAGGAAACCUCCUUUGCAUACCUUUGUCUAGAGGACCGCUGCUCUGCCUGAAGCUUUCAUUGCUCUCUAUUGCUAUCCUGUGAAAAUAUGGUGCAUUAUUUUUAUUUCAUUAGGUUUCCUUUUUGUAGUAAUGUGUCUCAAAAAGCAGAGCAAGCAGUUAUUUAUUGAUUUAUUUUGCACCAGGUAUGUACGAUAUUAAAUGUAAUGCACCUAUAUUAAAUCAAUGUUAAAGUUCCACAGUUAAAAAUCCCAAGAAAUGCAAAAAUUAAAGUUCCCGCUGCAACAUUAACUUAUACUUGUUGCACAUUAUGUGUAUUUUAUCAUAUACACUUAAUUACACAAACAGUAAUAUACUAAACAACAUAUGUCAGGAUUAGCAUUUCAGUUAAAUAAAACAUCCCUAUUCAGGACACAUUUGAAGUUGAUGGGACAUAGGCACAUUGCUUAAGUGCCUUCCUGAAUAGGGAUGGACUUAAGCUUAAAUACUGUCCUGAAUUGAGGCCUAAAACAGGAAUGUAAAAUAUUACAUGUGAAACACAGCUGAACUCAUGUAGCUGUUGCAAAUCGUAACUUGUUCCUCUCCUGGCUUUUUGAUUUUAAUUAUUAAACCCUUCCUUUGUAUUUUGAAGAACAUUCUGCACUUAAUUUCCUAGCUUAGAUUUUUGUCUUUUUAAAGAAAGGGUCAGGAUGGGAAAUGAGAUAGAACAAGAAGAGAAGAAAUGGAAAAAAAAAAUUGACAAAAAUCCCCUUUGUCAGCCCAAAUUUUGACUCAGUUACGUGUCAAAUUAUAAAAAGGUCUAAGGGAGAAGCAUAAGCUAGUGACUUUUUACAUAUAUGGAAAAGUGUGCAAAAUGUAGGCAAAAAAUCCAUGAAAGUGCAAUGAGUCUCUAGAAAUGUGAAGGUGUAAAUGGAGUAAAAUCUCCAAAGCAUGUCCAGCAGCAUAGCACCCCUGCUGACCCGCUGAGACACUGGGCCCAACUGCCAUUUAUUUGUAAUUGAGUUGAGUGCCUAACUCCCUUAACUGCUUUUGAAAAAAAUCCCAUCCAAGCUAGGGGCCAGAUUCUGAACCACUUACUUAGAGGCUAUGUCUACAGUACACACCACUUCUUGUGGUGCAUAGGGUGAAGCAUAGCUACACCUGGCAGUGAAAAGCAAGCUAUGUCCAUACUGUGGCAUGUAGCUACACAUCAGUGAAAGGCACAGGCAGUGGUGAGGCAACAGGGAGCUGCCACAGCCUUCCCAUGCUGCUGGAGUCUUUUCCUGUGGUGGGGAAAGGCACCAGCAGCCGGGAGGCAGAGGGACAAUACAUAACUAAAAAUAGCAGCGUAGACAUGGAGACAGAACUUGGGUGAAUAGAAAGCAACGUAGGGUAUGUACUCAGGUACCUACACAUACCUUUCAGGCAUGUCUGUAUUCUACUCACCUAAGCCAUGCUUCAUGUCUCUUAAACUCAUGUUAGGAGGGCUACCAACUACAUACUCAACAUGCCGCCGAAAGAAGUGUGCAACAUAGAUGUAGCCAUAGAGUAGCACCUUAUGCCACAAGAAGGACUAAUGAUUUCAACAGGACUACUAGUGGAUUAAGAUACUAUUCAAUGUAAAGGUAUCAGAAUCUAUCCCUGAAUGAGGCAAACCCAGACUGAAACUAGACAUAGAAGAGCAAGGAGGGGCAAAAGUUAAAACAAAAAUGUGCCAAAUUACAUACUAAGCUAGUCAUGCAAGUUUUCAUAUUUAUAAAUAGAAGUGGAGGAAGGCCCAUAAGGGAGCAGUAGACAGCACAAGAAGGAUACUAGCAUAUUAGCAUGCUGGAAUGUAUGUCCAGGCUACAGAGAACAGCUUGAGAAAG